AUGGACGUUACAGUGGACAGUACAGAAGCUCAAGAUGGCGGUGUGCAAGAAUUGCAAGACCUAUAUCUAGCUUUGGAGUCCGACUUAUAUCUUCCUGAAACACACAUCAAGUUAAUAAACAAACUGCGUGAACUGUCAAUGGUUGAUGAGUUGGAGGCCGCGAGGUCUGUCAUGGAAUCAAUUCUCGCUCCGUCGCAACAAAUCUGGUUGGACUGGAUAGAAGACUAUCAAACAUGGGGCAAAAGUGUUGAAGAAAUAUCUAAUUUAUUUUCCACUGCACUCAAGACAUGUCCAACUGUGGAUAUUGUUGAGGUUUAUGGCAGAUUUAUCUUGCAAUUGAUUGAAAACGGGGUUAUCAAAGAUGCGUAUACUGGAAUUGACGACUCCGAGUCUCCUCUUAACCAGCACCUCAUGAAUUUAGCUGGCGGGCUAGACGAAACUCAAAACAAUAUUGCCCAGAGCCACAAGGCUUGGAAUGCAUAUAGGGAUAUUUUUGUAUUUUUGCUGGCGCAAGAGAAGGCUAGUCAAUCGGGUACUACUUUAAAGAUCCUUCCAAGGUUGAAAGAACUUUAUCUCGCUCGGCUUCGAAUCCCCCAUGCCGAAAUCGCAACUACGUUUUCCGACUUUUCCACUUUUGUAACCACUUAUUACAAUUCAACCUAUGAGGGAGAAAUGGUGGCUGCUAACAAAAUCUACUCUGAAACGUUGAAAAUACUAAACUAUCGUGAUAGCUGGGAAUUGAAGUUAAAAUCGGAUCCAUCUUUGCAAACGUUUGCUGAUUACAUUCAAUGGGAGCUGGAAAGACCAAAGCGAUACUUCCGUGCAGAUCUAGUACAGGGUCUUUAUGAGCGCGUCAUAGAACUCUACCAGUAUGUGGCUCUAGUAUGGGACGAUUAUAUCAUAUUUCUUUGCGAGCAGCCAAAGUCCUUUUCAAGAAAGACUGUGGAAUCAGCUAUCCAGCGAGCAACCAAGUCCUGUCCAACUUCGGGCUCUUUGUGGGCACAUCGCAUUAGGGUGUCAGAAUCGUAUGGGGCAGAUUUCGAGGACAUUAUAGGCUUGAAAAUGACAAUAGAUGAUAUAUCUGCUUUUGCAGCUGAAAAUGAAGAUUAUGACAAUUGGAAACCGCUCGCCCUUGCUUGGCUAGCAUAUUUAUUUCGAGCUAAUACUUCAUCUGACAACCUCUUUAUCGACCAGCUUAGGGAUGACUGUAACUUUUCACUUGAAAAAUCAUAUUCUUUCGGCAAACAAGAUCCUAACUUUGAAGUUGAGUCACUUGUCAUUGGCAUAUUUACCCGUCUAGGCGAAAGCGACAAUGUCAGAAAUAUUUGGAAGCGAGUAUCCAAGUACCAAGGUACCAAGGCUAUAUUUUGGCUAAAGUGGUUUGAAUGGGAAAAGUCACAGAGCGGUAAUUCCUAUACGAAUGCACUUGACGUUUUGAAGAUACCCCUGUCGCGAAAUAAUAUUGACUGGCCUGAAAUGAUCAUUCAAGCUUAUACUGAAUUCGAAAGACUGAAUGGCAGUGCAUACUCCACGCAACAGUCUGUAAUCACUUCUCGGAGAAAGCUAUACGAGAUUGCUAAGAAGCGAAGCAAGGAAUCUUAUGAUCAACAGUUAUAUCAAGAUUCAGAGACUGGAACGAAAGAAAAUGCUGAAUUAAAUAUAGAAGGACCAUCUGCCAAUGCUGAGAAUGCAAGCGAGACCCCGUCAUCUAAAAAGCGUAGUCAUGAACAGGUCGAAAGUUCAAAUGUUUCAGAUGCGCCCACAAAGCAACCCAAAACGACUGACCACAGAGAUAGAGAGCAUAAUACUGUCAUAGUCUAUGAUCUCCCUUCCGAAACUACGGAAAAAGACCUGGAAGGCUUCUUUAACGAAUGUGGUAAUAUUGUCUCCGUUAUUCAGCAUACAGAAGCUAAUUCCGCCGUUGUAGAGUUCUCCAACCAAGAUGAUACGAAGGCGGCUCUGACUCGUGACCACAAGUCUAUAAAAGAUAAAGAAGUAAGAGUCACUUCAGGGUACCAAACUACUUUGUUUGUAACAAAUUUCCCUGCUUCUGCUACCAAAGAGAGCCUAACAGAGCUCUUUAAAAAAUAUGGUCAAGUUAUCAGCGUACGCUUUCCUUCUCUUAAGUACAACACUAACCGGAGAUUCUGUUAUGUCCAGUACCUAUCAUCAGAGAGUGCUAAGAGUGCUGUUGGAGAGUUAGACGGUUCGGGGAUUUUUGAUGAAGAGGAAAAGCUAGUUGUCAAGAUAUCCGACCCGUCAAAUAAACAGACCCGUUCAGGAGGCAAUGCUGAAGGACGGGAAUUGUAUAUUAAAAGUGUUGAUUUCAGUCUAAAUGAGGACUUUGUACGCUCGACUUUUGCGAAGUACGGAACAGUUGAAAAACUGAGGCUCCCACCAUCGAAAAGGCCUGGUAGACUUCACGAUGGUUAUGGGUUUGUAACGAUGUCAACCGUUGAUGAGGCAAAUACCGCUAUCGAAGCUUUAGAUGGAUCUAUUCUUGGUGAUACUGGAAGAGUAGUAUCUGUAUCCAUUGCGGGAAAGGCUCCUAGUAAAAAGUCGACUAAAGUCGUCAAAAUCAAUCACAAUGACCAAUCAAGGAAGCUUACUGCUAGCGAAAUCGAGUCAAAAACUAUUUAUAUAUCCAAUCUUUCGGAUACGGUUAACGAUGCCCAGCUAAGGUCAAUACUGGAGAAAUACGGCCCAUUGCAUAAGAUUGUUUUGAAGCCUGAUCUAGAAGGCGCCAUUGUAGAAUAUGAGACUGUGGCUGACGCUGGUAAGGCAUCGCUAUCUCUCGACGGCCAGAAAAUUGCUGAUAAGCCCAUUAGGCUUGGUUCCUCCAUUGUCAAGCCGGCGCCAAAUCCAAAAAAGAGCACAAUGUUUAUGCCUCCAAGUGCCCGAGGAAAAAAGCGUUAA